AUGUCAAGCUUGUUUUCGUCCUCAGAGUGUACCGCCGAUGAAGCGUUUGCAAAAUUACCAUUCGUCAAAGAUGUCACCAGCUCAAUUGCAUUAGGGCCCGAUUCGAAUAGAUACAAUAGUGCCAACUAUUCGCAAACUUUUAGAAACAAAGCACAUCGAGAGUCGUUGAUUGAUUCGAUACACCCAGAUUUAAACACUCACGCAAAAUUAUUCAAUCGUGCUGCAAAGCUCUAUGCUGAUCGCCCAUGUUUAGGUGCCAGACCUUAUAAUUAUGAGGAAAAGAGGCUGGCUGAUCAUUUCGAAUAUUUCUCCUAUGAAGAGGUGCAUGCAAAGAGGAACAAUAUUGGUGCGGGAAUCAUUAGAUCACUCAAUGCUAACAAGUAUCUUGAUUUGGAAUUGGAAGCGCAUCGCAAAGUUGCAAAUCAUUUAAAAGAUUGGCAAACUUAUGGAGUGCCCAACUAUCUCGUUGAUAACAAGGACCACACUAUUGAAAAGAGUUGCUCGUUUAUUUUGUCGAUUUUUGCUGUUAAUAGAUUGGAGUGGGUGUUGACUGAUUUGGCAUGUUCGGCUUAUUCUAUUACAAACACUGCUUUGUAUGAUACAUUGGGCCCAGAUGUUUCACAAUACAUUUUAAAUGCAACUGAGAGUCCCAUCGUUGUUUGUGCUCUUGAUAAAGUGGGACCUAUUCUUGAGUUGAAAAGAAAGUAUCCUGAGGAAACAAAGGCGUUAAUCUCCAUUGUUUCGAUGGAUCCAAUUAGAUUUUUAGAUGCACAUUCGGUGAAGUUGGCAGAUGAGUUGAAGGUUGAAAUUACUGAUUUACUGGCUAUUGAGUUUUUGGGCAAGGCUGAUCCAAUUCAAGAGUUGCCACCACGCCCAGACACUCUUUUCACUAUAUCAUUCACCUCCGGAACCACUGGCUCAAAACCGAAAGGCGCUAUGAUUCCUCACAGAAUGGCUGCUUCAUACAUUUCGUUUUUGGCGUUCAUAGAACCACAAGCCAAGCUAGGGGAUAUAGCAUACAUAUUUUUGCCAUUGACCCAUAUCUACGAAAGGCAAACAAGUGCAUAUGCAAUGUCUGGUGGUUACGCGUUGGGUUUUCCUCAAACUACAAUUGGACAAACUGGCGUUAAUAAUUUUGUAAAUAUGAUUGACGACUUGAAGAUUUUACAACCUACAUACAUGUCCAUUGUCCCUAGAUUGUUGACCAGAUUGGAAGGGUUAAUUAAGGAGAAAGUUAAGGCAUUGGGCCCAAAUGAACAGCGGAAGGUUAACCAAAUAAUUGAAUACAAGCUUAGAGAGCAGGCAAAGCAUGAUGGUCCAGAGGGUUAUGAUUCGAGAUUUGAUUCUUAUGCGCCUUACUACAACUUGCGUAAAUCCAUUGGUUAUAGCAGGUUGAAAUGGGUACAAAGUGCAUCAGCUCCUCUUGCAGCAUCAACAUUGGCAUAUCUCAAAGCUAGUUUAAACAUUGGCGCUCGUCAGCUAUAUGGAUUGACUGAAUCAGGUGGUGCAGUCACAUCAACUAGUGAGUAUGACUCUAAACCAGGCACUUCAGGGUCCAUUUCGCCAACAAUUGAGUUGAGGUUACGUGGGGUGAGAGAUAUGGGAUACGACGUAAGCAAAUUGGAAGGAGAAGUGAUGCUACGUGGACCUCAAAUGUUCAAAGGUUAUUACUAUAACCAAGAGGAAACGAACAAGUGCAUCAAUGAGCAUGGUUGGUUCCAUACCGGAGAUAUAGGACAUAUUGAUGAGAGAGGAAGAUUGGCAAUCACCGACCGUGUAAAGAACUUUUUCAAGUUAGCUCAAGGUGAAUACGUCUCCCCUGAAAAGAUUGAAAACCGUUACUUAUCAGCCAAUCCGAUCAUUAAUCAGCUCUAUGUGCACGGUAAUUCCUUGAAAUCAUAUUUAGUCGGAAUUGCGGGAAUCGAUUACGAACAAGGAUUGAAAUUCCUUAAUAGUGAAUUUGGAAUCAACAAAAUCGACAUGAGUGAGGAGGAGAUGUUGGCUCAUAUGAAUAAAGUAGAAGUCAAGACCAAACUUUUACACCUUUUGAAUGAAAAUGUGCGUGGAAAAUUGAAUGGGUUGGAAUUGUUGCACAACAUUCAUAUUGAAAUUAAUCCAUUGACGGUUGAGAGGGAUGUUGUCACCCCUACUUUCAAGUUGAAAAGACCAGUUGCACAAAAGUUCUUUGCAAAUGCUAUUCACAAAUUGUACGAAAUUGAACAAAGUUUAAUUGUGGGAGCAAAAUUGAAAAUGGCCAAGUUGUGA